AAUUAUUGGCUCAACCCCUCCCUGACGAGGAAGAAAACAACCUGAAACCAGAGGACUUUGAAAUCCUGGUCAUUGAAAUGGACUAUGGCAUGGACGACAAGGACCCUAUCCAACAUGUUCAUUUCUACAGCAAAUCUGAGCUUGACGUGGCAAAGCCAAUGCCCGAAGAAAAGGGAUCCAGGAUUCACACAACGUGCUUUUCUGAGCAGCUGAUCAGGGUCUUCUGUAAGGAGAUUGAUGACGAGAGUGUGGAGGCUGCCAAAAGCACUUUAAACAGUGGCUGGAGAAGAAUCCAUAUCUGGAUGGAUCUGAGGAGGCAAGAAAGAUUCUGCAAAAAAUUGUCUCUGGAGAGAUCUACAAGUUUGUUGGUGAGAGAAAGCCAGAGGAGACCAUCAAGGAUUGGAAA